UGGGCAGCCAGCUGUGGAGGCUGCUUAUUUUUGGUUGACCUGCUGGACACCUAUUAGAGGAGGCUGCGUGUGAGUGGGCGCCACAGGGCGGUGAGCAGCAGAGGACGAGUGAGGAUGCACAGGGGGGGAAGCACCGGGAAAUCAGGAUAACCGAGCUGAGAGCUGCACUCUGUGCCUCACGUGCAUUGUGCAAAUAAAUAAGUGGCCCGGAUGCGGGCUGAAGGCUGCCCCGUACUCACUCUCAGCCCCGGUAUAAGUAAGACCCCCUUCGCUGGCGAUGGAGGACCGAGGCAUGGAACCUGCUCUGCGUGAUGUCUACGCAGCCUACAGGCACCUGCAUCAUUCUGCUAUGGAGGCCGCUGUGAAGAAUGGACAGGGCUGUACGGAGCUGAUGGUCAGCCAGGCUGAAGGGCAGUACGUGCUGUGUCGAUGGACGGAUGGGCUCUAUUACCUUGGGAAGAUAAAGAGGGUGAGUAGCUCCAAGCAAAGCUGCCUGGUGACAUUUGAAGACAAUUCUAAAUACUGGGUCCUCUGGAAAGACAUUCAGCAUGCUGGGGUCCCCGGAGAGGAACCAAAGUGCUACAUCUGCAUGGGGAAGACCUCCGUCCCGCUAAAUGAGAUUCUGAUCUGUGGGAAGUGUGGUCUGGGCUAUCAUCAGAAGUGUCACAUCCCCAUCGUGGAGAGUGGAGAGAAGGGAGUCCUGGAGCCGUGGUUCUGCAGGCGCUGCAUCUUCGUCCUGGCUGUCAGGAAAGGGGGCGCCUUGAAGAAAGGACCAAUCGCGAAGACCCUCCAGGCGGUGAAGAUGUUUCUGACGUACAGUCCCGAAGAUCUGGACUGGGACUCUCCGCACAGAACCAAUCAGCAGCAGUGUUACUGUUACUGCGGCGGCCCCGGAGAGUGGUACCUAAAGAUGAUCCACUGCUACCGGUGUCGCCAGUGGUUCCACGAAGCCUGCAUCCAGUGCCUCAAUGAGUCCAUGAUGUUCGGAGACAGGUUUUUUAUAUUUUUCUGCUCCGUUUGCAACCAGGGAGCGGAAUUCAUCAAGCGGCUGCCCCUGCGAUGGGUGGAUGUCGUUCACCUCGCCCUCUACAACCUUGGAGUCCUCAGCAAGAAGAAAUACUUUGACUUCGAGGAGAUCCUGACUUUUGUCAAUGAUAACUGGGACCAUUUGCAGCUCGGGAAGCUGUCGGUCACCCCAGUUGAAGAUCGAGGUCAGCACCUUCUAGAUGCACUAAACAGCUAUAAGAGCAGGUUUCUCUGUGGCAAAGAGAUCAAGAGAAAAAAGUGCAUCUUCCGACUGAGAAUCCGAGUUCCGCCAAGUCCGCCCGGCAAGCUUUUGCCAGACAAACUGCUUGGUCAGACAGAGAAUAGGUCCGGUGGAGACAUAAAGAAGAGAGGGCGAAGCAAAUACUCUCACAAAAACAGCCUGCUGCCCCAUGACUGUCCGCGACAGACGAGGCGGGGGAUCGGCAGGAAGCAGUCCAGGUUCCUUCUGGAGGACGCCAUUCCCAGUAGCGACUUUACGUCUGCGUGGAGCACAAAUCACCAUCUGGCCAGCAUCUUUGAUUUUACCCUGGAUGAAAUCCAAAGUCUGAAAAGUGCUAGUUCUGGACAGAACUUCACAUCGGAUCUGGAUUCCAAUGAUGCGGCCAGCACCUCCGGCUCUGCCUCCACCAGCCUGUCGUACGAGUCGCGAGGUCACGUAGGGAGCAGGAAGAGGAAGCUGACCUCGAAGCUGCACACUUCCUUCGAGUCGAAGAGGCGGCCCGCGGAUCUCUCAGACAGAGCCAACGGCUGUGGCCCUGAAGCCGUAGAGUACACCCGGACCUCGGCCUUCCCUGACAAUGGCCUAGGCUGUCACACCCUAACCCUGACUGAAAGCAUCAGUGAGGACGACCGGUCUCUGCCUCACCUCAAAACCUCCAUCACAAAUUACUUUGGCGCUGCGGGGAGGUUGGCGUGUGGAGAAAAAUACCAAGUGCUGGCGCGGAGGAUCACCCCCGAGGGCAAAGUCCAGUACCUGGUAGAGUGGGAUGGAACCACGCCAUAUUGACCCCGAUCGAUAACUAGAAGUAUAUAUUGUGUAUGUUAGUAAUAACCAAAGGAAGGUUCGCUGAGGACGCUGGGGAGGUUUUCUCGUAGGUAAUGAGAGGCUCGGUGAGUUGCUUCGGACACUUUUCAUGAAUUAUUGCUGCAAAUAUGAAGAAAGCACUUAUACAAGGUACAAA